AUGGCAUAUUACAACAGUGCCCGAGCCGGGGAGCCGGCCAGGAGCCGCCGCGCCCCUCUCCUUGCGAUUGACGUGGCUCCGGCGCUGGAAUACGGAGGCCGCGGCCCCAGCUCGGCAAGAUCAUGGAACCCUUCGACGUCGGUGCGAAGCCCUGACGAAGCCCAGCCCCGGAGCGCGGGUAGUUUGGUGGCGCCCUCGUCGUGGAAUGCCAGGCGCUACUCGGAUUCCGUCUCCCAGCUUCCCUAUGUGCGAUGGCCGUCCGACGGAGCAAGAGUGGGCGGCGCAGCAAGAGUGGGCGGCGCAGCAACCCAGCGGCGCUGGUCGCGAGACCGGGGGGUAGGGCGUAGGAGCGGUCUAAGCAGCGGAGAAGACACACCCUUCUCGUCGUCGUCGCUAUCGUCGUCGGGAAUCUCGGACUCGGAGAUGUCGGGCGACGAGGACGACAGAGACCUGUUCCACGCCCAAGCGCCCUCCUCCUCGCGCCCCCUGCUCAGGAUCGAGCCGGCGCUUCUGUCCGGGGUUCAAGAGCCUCCGUUCUUUGACUGGGCCGAGUUCCACCCCGAGGUGUUGUCUCAGCGCCGACCCCUGACCAGGAACCCCCACGAGGAGAUGAUCGAGGCGCUCGGCCACGUCGACUUUCACGCGCCGAUCGCCGUCAAGGGGCUGGGAAUGCUCGCCAAGCCCAUCAUCCACAAGCAGCGCGGCAUGCCCGUCGGCGAGAUGGCAGCAACCGGGAACCGCACGCUGCUCCGGCCGCUGCCGGCCGGGACCGACCCUACGACGGUGCCGCCCGUCAUGCACCCGCGCGCGCUCGAGCGGCUCGAGAGCGACCUCUUUGACACGGCCAAGUACACGGGCAACACCAACCACCUGACGGUGCUGACAUGGACGGCCGACGGCCACUGGGGCACCAUCACGCUCUACGCCGUCGACGUCGCGUCGCGCGGCGGCGGCAGCACCCCGUCGACGCGCGGUCCGGCCACGCCGUCGACUCCGACGCGCCCAGCGCUCGGCUUCACCAGCACGACGCUGACGCUCCCGCAGCGUAAGAACGGCAGCGCCGCGAACUCGCCGGCAUCCGCCAUGCCGCCCAUGACGCCGUUCGGCACGGCGGCCGGGCUGGGGCUGGCCACGCGGCUGCGGCCGGUCGCGGCCAUGGAGGACGUGCCCAAGUCGGUGCUGGUGGGCAUGCGCACCGACGAGGCGGUGCGCAAGGUGGUGCUGACGCACAGCGACAACCGCUUCCGGUGGAGGGCGCAGGUCACCGGCCGCGACAGCACGCCGCGCUACGCCCGGCUGCCGCGCCACGACCCGCACAAGCACUGCGCCAACACGGCCCACCACCACCUGCCGCACCUGCACCCGCUCGGCCGCCCGUCUCCCAGCGCGCAGCCGCAGCCGCAGCCGCAGCCGCAACAACAAGGGCAGCAUGGGCAACAACAAGGGCAGCACGGGCAGCAGCAGCGUAUCGCCCCGUCGCCGUCCCCGCUGCUCCUCCCCAGCCCGCUCGCCCCGCUGGGCAGCAGAUCCGCACUGUCCCCGUCGGCGCUGUCGCCCGUCUUCCUCUCCGACGUCGAGGACAACGCGCCGCUGUACGAGCGCCGCAUGCGUCGCCGCCGCAGCGCCGUGUCGCACGUCGACGACUCGGACUCGGAGCACCCGGCGGCCGCGUACCGGCCGCGCCUGAAGCCGACCGCCGCGACGUACACGACCAACACGACCACGGGCAACAACGCCAACAACAACCCGCGCAGCAGCACGUUUCCCGGCAGCAGCAGCAACGCGGCGAACAAAAACGCGCACUCGGCCCUCCUCGUCGUCCCCGUGCUCGCGUCACCAACCCGCCUCCCGCCGUCCCCAAUGCGCAACCGCGGCGAAGCCGACGCGGACGGCAUCGUGGCCACCAUCCCGCAGUUCCUAGCCCUGCUCCACGCAGAUAAAUCCAUCGUCGAGAUCGCCUCGUCCGACCCCGUGUCGGACGGCCCGGCCGUCGAGAUGGACGACGGGGCCCGGCUACGGGCCGUCGCGCUGCGCGAGCCACCCCGCGGCAAGCGCCAUCCCGCGAGGGACGUGCAUGUCGUUGUGCUCGUGCCGGAUGGGUCGCGGUGGGCAGAUGAGAGGGUGUUUUGGACGGAUGAGGGGGAUGGGUUGGUUGAGCUGCGGCAGAGGAAGUUUUGGGAUGUUAUUGAGCGGGGGAGGAUGAAUGGGAGGAAGUGA